UCUGCCGUGACUGUCAAACAACGUGCGAAGAUGUUGUUGGUGUAAAAUUUGGCGAUAAGAAGCAAUCAGAAAUGAUAAUUGUACUGUUCCACGCUCUCUAUUACUUCGGGAGAUAUGUUUAUCGGAAUUUUUAUGCUCGUUACGGCGAAACUGGAGAAAUAUCGGUCACAAAUCAACCUUUGAACGUCACUGAGGCGGAUUAUGAUUUUCCCCCUGAAGAUGAACACGUUGUGGGGGAUUUUAAAGUGAAAUUCUUUCCUCCUGUAUACGUCCAGAGAUACAACGCUGUACAUGAUGUUCUAGUCAGCGCUCAUUACCACAGGAAGAUUCGAAAGGUGAUAGACUUUGGCUGUGCUGAGCUCACUUUUGCAAUACAUUUGAAAAAUACAGAAGGUAUACAAGAAAUUAUUUGUGUAGACGUGGACAGGCCGUUGCUGGAAACUUUUCAGACAAAGGUUGCACCUUUACAUUGUGAUUAUCUUGCUCCCAGAACUGAACCUCUUACAAUCCAUGUUUGCGAGGGUAGUGUCACGCACAACGAUAAAAAAUUAGCAAACUCUGACGCUGUUAUUUGCAUCGAACUAAUUGAACAUUUGCAUGCAAACGAAUUGGAAACAUUUCCACGCAAUGUUUUUGGAUUCAUCAAACCCCAAGUAGCUAUUAUAACAACGCCCAAUGCAGAUUUCAAUGUUCUAUUUAAGAACAGGAAUGGCUUUCGACAUCCCGACCACAAGUUUGAAUGGACAAGAGCACAGUUUCAGGAUUGGGCUAACAACAUCAUCUUACUUUAUCCUGAUUAUGAAGUAAGCUUUCACGGAAUUGGCGCUGGGCCUCCAGGUACUGAAAUGUUGGGAUCAUGUUCUCAAAUGGCAGUAUUUCAUCGUCACACCCAAUUACCACAAAAUGAGGAAGUCGAGGGCCUUGAUGGUUUAUUAAAGACAGUUGUCUUCCACGAAUACCCGUACAGAACAGAUAACCGUUCAGACGAACAGAAAAUACUAGACGAAGCUGUUUACUAUAUACGUUUAUUUUCAUCACGUGAGGAAGAGCUGGCAGAGGAAAUCCCACUGACAAAACUGAUGUUUUCGGUUGAAAAAUUUCGCAUAUCAGUUGAUAUACUCAGAAGUAUACUGGAGGAAGCACAGUGGGCAAUUGCAGAUAGAGAAGAUGGACCUGUCGUUCUAGUGCCUCCGCAAUCUGGAUUCUCGACAAACUCCGACUGGGAUGUUGAUGAUUUUCUAGAUAAUGACUAUCGGCACCACGAAAAUGAAAAUGAUUGGGAUACUUCGGAAGUAGGCGCUCCCCCUGGUCAUCAUUUUAAUACUUACAUGGAAAGAAAUACAGAAAAUUAUACAGAUGAAGAUGAAAAUUGGGAUAAUGAAGUGCAUAGUGAUACUCGUAGCAGCAAUUUAAAUCUGAACGAGAACAACCUGGUGCGCUCUGAUAUCCAUGUUACAGAAAAUCCUGGUGAUAGUUCAGAAAGUCAGUUGAAUAUGGAAGAUUCGAAUAAUGAAGAUCCAUUAUUGAACUCAUCACAAGACCAGUUGGACAUAACACCUAGUACUUUUAGUGCUGAAACAGAGCUGUCCAGUAAUUCUGUUCCGAUUGAAUCAGAUCCCACAAAUAUCGGUUCCUCUAAUGAUUCUAGUAACAUGCACAAUUCGUUGCAACAAAACUUGUCCCUACCACUUCUUGUGUCUGGUUUAUCAGAGACACUACAGUCUCUAGAGAAUGACGGUGAUCACUCCUUGUCUGCAAUAAAAAACCAUAAUUUACCUAAAGAAAGCUUACAAAGCUUGUCACAAAAUGAAGGAUGUUAUACAGGAACAUGCGUGAGGGGUAUUGAAAAUUGUGAAAUAAAUGAACAGGCUAGCCCAUUAGUUAAUCCUGUUCCAAAUUUUUCGCAACAUAUGCAGGAUGAAACUGAAUGCAGUUCAGAAUUAGUAGCGUGCUCCAAUCUGGUUGCAACAGAAAAUGAUAUUAAAACUGAUGAUUUACAAAUAGACACAUGUCUGCCAUAUAAUCAGGUGAAGAGAAUACUAUCUACUAAUUCUCCAUCAAGCUGCAAAGAAACCGAAGCAAAUUUAGAUACCGACUUUUAUUCAGAUGUGAACGAAACAUCUUCUGUUUCAACCGAAGAGGCAACAUUGCUGUUAUCUUGUGAAAAAAGUUUGCUGAUUGAUAAUGAACAUUUAUUAUUAAAGGAAAAGAGAUCUUUGGAAAAUGAACGAUCUUUCAAUAAUGACAGAGAGCACUUGAAAUUAAGCGUUGAUAGCAUUACACAGAAUUGUAAUGAAUCUACGUCUUACAGUCACGACAACCAUAAUCUACAAUGUAGCACAAGCAUUGAGUGUUUACACACUGACAAUGAAGGCUCCUAUCUAAGCAUCUCUGAUUUCCCCCCAGCUAGAAGCGAUACUUGUAAACAUCUCUAUGUUUCAUAUGAUAGUGUAGAUCCUCAUUCUCAGAAAUUACAAACCAAUUUGCUUAACAAAGAAAUAGACAGAUUUGAAGGGAUGAAAAGCCAAGAUAGCAUGUCAUUCAAAAGUAUAAGUGACUGCAGUUUGGAUCUUCAACCAAAAUAUACAAGUACACCUCAGAUAUUAGCAGAUUCUUAUCAAAAUCAGAUGGCAGGUAACGAUAAGGCACAAGAACUUUCAGAGCAGGAGAGUGUAGGCAAGUACAGGUGUGUACCUCUGCUCCAAAGCGCUCCAGAUAUUGUGCAACAAUUCCUUAUGAUUAAAGGCAGAGAUUCUGAAAUUCAAGGUCGUGAACCUGUGAUGGAGCAAGUCCUAAAAAAGUCGAAAAAAGACAUUUCCUCCAAAGAUGAUUCUAUCUUACAAAAAAAAUCCUCAUUCGAAGGUGAAAAGUUAAUCAAAAAUGACUCAAUUUACUUAGAGUUAAGAACUGUUGAAAACGUUUUUUCAAGUACGAGUCAACUCUCUUUGCAAAGCAGUAGCGAUAUCAGUUUAUCUGGAACUGCAAGUACUGCAAGUAGCAAUGUAGAUAGAUGGUAUGUGGCAGAAACAAACCCCAUGUAUCAACGAGAUAUUGUUGUACUAAAAGGUGGAAACGAUACUGCAGACAAUCCUAAUGAAGUAACAGCGUCUGACAGUGACGCAACUAUAUCUAGUAAAGGGAGAAGUGAUGAAGGAGAAACUGGUAAAGCAAUAAGUCACACAUCGAAAACAUCAGAUCACUAUUGUGAACAUACAAUGAAUGUUCCACUGCAACACACUUUAAACGAAGAUAUCGAUGCAAAUUUAGACCAAACAAUAAGCUCAUUUGAUAACGCCAGUGCGACAUUGUCUUCCAGUGACCGGGUGCCUGGUAGAACAAACGUUGAAUUUCAUUGUGAACUUACGAAAAAAAGAAAUUAUUCAGUGAAUGUUGCUGAUGAUUAUUCUGUAAAUAUUCCAGAAGAUGAAGAUCAUUUAGAAAUGGAAAAAAUCCAUUCGGAUCCUCGUACAGAAGGUAGUACGACUAUACAAUACCAGUUUGCGGUGGUAAAUCAGAGUACAUCUGCAUUAUUACCAGAGUGUAAAGAAAUCGAACCAGCCUUUAAUACAGAUCAUCUUCCGUCAAUAGCAGUGUCAGAUAGUAACUUGGCAAACCUAACUGCAAAUUUAGAUGAAUCAUCUGCUUUUAAUGCAAACAUGACUUCAGAAACUUUCGUCGACAGUAUAAAUAAUGUAUCGAGUUCUAAAACCGCAACUGACAGUUUUGUUAGUCAAUCAGAUCAUAGGCUAGACAUAUACGUCGUAACAAAAACUUUGACUGAUUCCACAAAGACCUUAUCGGAAAAAGUUGAUGUGACUAAACGUAAAUUAGAAGCUACUUUAGAAUCACAAAGGAAACUGGCUACAAGUUCACCACUCAUGUCUGCUGAAACAGAAUUAGUUCACACAAUUAAAAAUGUGGAUUACGUUCAAAAUGCAGGUAGAAAUUGUGACAUUGACUUAAAUGCAACGCAAAUUCUCAGUCAACAACCUCAGAACAGUAAUCAUGUGACAACAGUUCAGGUUACAACAGAAUGUCUAAAUCCUGAUAGAGAUCUAUCUUCACUUUCACUCACCUCAUUUCAGGGACACUCGAAUCAUUUGAAUUCAUUUGAUUUUUCAAGUGAAAUAAAAAAUGAAGAGCUACCACUUACUGAUAUUUUUAAUACACAUGCAAGUCAAUCACAACCAGUGCUUUUAUCGAACUUCAAAUCAAUUCCAAGUAAUGAAACUGUAACUCUAUACAAUGUGGGAAAAAUGAAAAAGGAUCGAAAUCAAUUACAAUACGAAUCGGAACCCUUGAGAGCGGCAGAAUAUACAGAUUCAAAAUCAUUUUCACCAGAAUCGUUGGAUACACCACCUAACAGUUGGUCUCCAGAAAUAAUGGAUUCUGGUUACCCAAAUUCGGCUUCUGCACAUGACGUUACACCUGAAUGUGAGUUAUCAAGCAUUGCAAAUGACAGAAUAUCAGAUUCAGAUUCAACCAGUGUUGGGGAAGUACCUGUACCAGGAUUUUACGAGUUCGUUGAAGUUGAAAAUGGUGACUUGGCAAAUAAUAACAGAGAUGAUGAAGGAAACAACGUAAUUGCAUUCGAGGCAAAUGACAACCUAGAUGAUCUACAACCACUAAUUGAUGUACUUGAAAAUGACAUAGAGAAUGAAAACGAUAUUUAUGUGCUACAAAAUGGAUUUCCAAUGUGGCUGUUAAGAAUACUAGAGAUGGCUAAUCCCAUAGAUCUGGAAAAUAUUGGGGGUGCACAUGCACAAUUGCAUCUGCCUCUUCAAGCGCAAGCAGGUGGAGAUGCUGCAAAUGUAAAUGCAGACAACGACGAGGGAUUUGAUAGCAGCUCGGUAGAAGAUGAUAGCGAUAUUGAGGAUGACGAUGCUGAUGAUGCCACUUCUGUUUCAAGCAAUGAAACUGAGGAUCAUAGUGACAUGAAUCCAAGAAGGGAUUGGAGAGCAGGUGGUGAUCCGUGAUUACUAAAAUGAACGAAAAGAGUUGUGCUGAUAUGAAAAUUUGAAGAUGGAUGAGUAACUGAUAUUUAAAUUAGCAAGUAUAAAUAUUUUGUUUUGGAAACUGAUUAUUAAACACUGAUUUUACGUUCUAUGACUUUCUUUCAAGUGCCAACUAAAAGUUUAAAAUUGCAAAAUUUACUCCAAACAUUUGAGAUAUUUUGCGACGGUUUGAGUAUAUUGGCAGUUUAACAAAUUCUGUGCAAAUGAGACCUCAAUCUUGAUAUGUAGAAAUAAAGACUAUGUAUGCAUAUUAUAAUAUUUUUACUACCUUUGUUAUACAUCGAAUAAAACUAAAAGAUGGCGCAAGUAAUCUUUGUACCAAGUAAUGAACCAUGUUCACAACCAGGUGAUGUGCAAAAAAUAUUCCAACGAAAUCUGUGUAUUCUUCUUGAGUAUUUAACAUCGCGAUUUCCGGCGCCGCAAGUCAUAAAUCUCUUGAUCCACAAGACUUCCAGUUAUUUUCGAAAACUACCGAAAUUCAUUAUCAUUGGUUAUAUCAUUUCCAACAUUUGUU